ACAACCAGUUUCCUAUUUAAGGUCCCCAUAGGAUGGACAAGAGUCUUCUCCCAGGAACCACAGAUAUUGUCAUGGCGAGUCCUCCCAGUUCAUUUCAGCAAGAAGCUCUCACUCCACCCAGAUCCAACCACUCGUCUUCCAUGAAACCCAACCAGGUGGGUCAGGUUAUCCUGUACGGAGUGCCCAUUGUCUCACUGGUCAUUGACAACCAGGAGCGCCUCUGUCUGGCCCAAAUCUCUAACACUUUGUUGAAGAACUACAGUUACAAUGAGAUCCACAACCGGCGAGUAGCCCUAGGCAUCACAUGCGUGCAGUGCACUCCAGUGCAGCUGGAGAUCCUGAGGCGGGCCGGCGCUAUGCCCAUCUCUUCCCGUCGCUGUGGCAUGAUCACCAAGCGAGAGGCUGAACGACUCUGCAAGUCAUUUCUGGGUGAGAACUCACCUCCCAAGCUUCCUGAUAACUUUGCGUUUGAUGUGACACAUGAGUGCGCAUGGGGCUGCCGUGGCAACUUCAUCCCUGCUCGCUACAACAGCUCAAGGGCCAAGUGCAUCAAAUGCUCCUACUGCAACAUGUACUUCUCCCCCAACAAAUUCAUCUUUCACUCACACCGCAUGCCCGAGGCUAAGUACACCCAGCCCGACGCCGCUAACUUCAACUCCUGGCGUCGGCACCUCAAGCUGUCAGACAAGUCACCUGCGGAUGAUCUGGUGUUCGCCUGGGAGGAUGUGAAAGCCAUGUUCAAUGGGGGCAGCCGCAAACGGGCACUGCCUUCUUCCCACUGCUCCUCCAUGGACUCUGUAAAGGCUGUCAGCUCAGUGCUGCCUCACAUGAUAUCUUCUGAUCUAGGCCAGAAGCGGAGCAGGUAUGAUGAUGAUGAGGACCUAGAUGCCAGCAGCCUCUCUCCUCACAAGAACCCACGCAGUUACCCGGUCAUUCCUGUGCCCAGCAAAGGUUUUGGUAUGCUCCAGAAAUUUCCACCUACUUCGCUCUUCCCUAGCCCUUAUACCUUCCCCGCAUUCGGUUUGUGUCAGCAGAAGAAGGAUGACAGUGAGGCUGUGAACGGGCAGAAAAACGGUGCUAUCUCUGGUCUGCUUUGGCCAGGCCGCAAAGACACAUUUUACCCUCCUUUCUGCAUGUUCUGGCCCCCAAGGGCUGCAGGGGGAAUCCCAGUACCGACAUACCUCCAGCCUCAGCCCAAUGCUCUUUCCACUCUCACAGAAACACCCUCCCUUCGUCAGGCCUUCCUUGACCUGAGUGAGCAAGGUGACAAUGCCACAGGACCUGGGACUGGUGCUUCCAUAGGCACCAAUCCCAGAGCUGGCCUUUUUGAAAGUGACUGCCCCCCAACCUUGACCCCUGACCUCAGACCUGCCCAAGAAGGCUGGCUCAAACUUCUAGAUGCUCCAUCUCUGCAAGCCCGCAAGGCCAGCUACCACUCCGCCUUUCGGCCAGUGGUAAAAGACGCUGAAAGCAUCGCCAAGCUUCAUGGAAACCUGGAGGAGUUUGGCACAGAGAGGCAUCUCUCACCUGGCACCAGCUGCAGCUACCAGAGUGAGAGUGCAGAGAGCGAUGAGGAACAGGAAGUGGAUGUGGAGACCAAGCAGGACGAAGAGCAGGAAGACUUCAGCAGCCAUGCAGCUUCGCAACCGCAGCCGUGCAGUCUUCAUGUUUCACGACUCACUGAAGGCACCAUAGGCGACCGAGAUAAAGACGCACCUUCCUUCUCCACCAUCCCCCCUGAAAGCUCUACAGAGGACAAACCAAGCUUGGCUGUCAGUUCACCCACCAAUCUUAAAGAUCCAAGCCCUAUUCACGCCUCAGUGGAGGACACGGCUGCCUACAAAAAUUCACACAAGGGCAGAGAUGAAGGGCUACCAGCGUACGCAGCAAAAGACAAAACAACACGAGCAGAAGAAAAUAAAGAACAGAGUAAUUUCUUUAUCCCGGAGACGGAAACAUCUGCACCAGAUUACUGGAGAGAGAGCACAGCAGAACAAAGUCAAGAAUCACACACGCCUGCAUCACUCAAGAAGGAUGUUGAAAACAUGGAGAAAGAGGAACUCCAGAAAGUUCUGCUGGAGCAGAUCGACCUACGGAGAAGACUAGAGCAGGAGUUUCACGCCCUCAAAGGAAGCUCACCGUUUCCUGUUUUCCACAACUUUCAAGACCAAAUGAAAAGGGAGCUGGCGUACAGAGAGGAGAUGGUGCAGCAGCUACAGAUGAUUCCCUAUGCAAACAUUAUCAGAAAAGACAAAAUUGGAACACACCUGAAUAAAAGCUAAAAUGGGUUGGCCACUGGUAUAUUCCAUAUGGACAUUACAGGCUGCUCACAAAUUGUUUUCAAACAAUAACACGUUAUCUGGAUUUUUCUCAACAAAUCUAAUCUCUAAAGUGAAUCCUUGUUAAGGAAAAC